GACCGGUUCAAAUAAUCGUCACCGGUGGUGGCCGUGAGCGGGAAUCGAACUUGGGUCGCCAGGAAGCCGAAAAGGCUCUUUCCAUCUCUCCCCCCCCCCCCCCAAGUUGUCCAGCUUCAAGAGGUUUCCACGCCAUUCAGAACAUGAACAACAAUGGGAUGAUUGCAGACAUAUGCAAAUAAGAACAAAGCACUUGUAAAACACACCUCGUCAAGAACUGGAGCUAGGUGGAUUGUUUAUUCUGAAGACCAUCAGAGAUGGCAAUGGCUUGCGUCGGCCCUCAUCCGGCGUGCUGAUUAUGGCUGAUGAUGCGGGUCUCAUGGGGCCAGAGUUAAUCCCACUGACUGGAGACUCCAUUACAAGACCAUGGGUUUCCCAUUGUACAGAACGACAGCAUUUCCGCUCUCAAAGAAAAACACAUUUUUGUUCAUAUUGCUCUUAGUAUUCUGCAUAUUCAUUGCCACAAGACAAGUAUUACAGAUAUUUAACAAGUCACUAAAUACGAGACCAAAUCCACUGUCGGACAUUGGUAGAAAUAAUGUUUUCCACCUUGUGGGAGGCACCCAUGCACUUGCCUUCUCAGCAUAUUUUGACACCAGCACUGAGGACCACGUGUUUGUCCGUGUCUUUGCACUUGCUCCAAGGGACAAAAGCUACAGCCACAUAUCCUGUAAACUGAUCUAUCGAGGCCUAUCCCCUAUUGUUCACAUUUCCUCAAAAGUGGAAAUGCUGACCAGUCACUUUGGCUUCAUGUACACCGUGUAUAAUUUUAUUUGUGAUGCUCCAAAACACAUGCCCUCCCCGAGUCACGUGACCCUUGUGGAUGAGUCAUCACGCCUCAGAGAGCAUUUCCUCAUCCCUGUCUACGCUCCGAGUAAUUCAUCACACAAGCACACUUUUGGGGUAUGCCUCCCCACCUUAUUUGGGGAGUUCAACAACUCCCUUCUGUUCAUCCAGAGCGUGGAAAUGUACCGCAUUCUCGGAGUCGGCAUCGUUACCGUGUACAACACGAGUGUAAGCCCAACCAUGGAGAAGGUGCUCAAGUAUUAUGCCCAAACUGGGUUUAUUGACAUUGUGCAGUGGCCCAUAGAGCAUCAUCUCAACCCAUCCAAAGGUUGGAUUCCAACAAUUAAUCCUGGAGACAUUCAUUACUAUGGACAAAUGGCUACAAUAAAUGACUGCUUGUACAGGAACAUGUAUCGAGUUAAAUACCUUGCCGUGAAUGACAUUGAUGAGAUCAUCCUACCAAGGCAUUGGUCAAAUUGGGCGAGCAUGAUGGAGGCGCUGGAAGAAGACAAGGUUGCAGCAUACUACUUUAGGAUGCACACAUUCCCAGUUAAUGAAACAUACACGUGGAACCUGGGUCCUGGAAUGGAACUAAGGGGCACGGACAUACUUAAGCAAACUGUGAAGCUGGUGCCACCCAUCCAUUCCGCCGAUACACCUACCAAGGUUUUGUUGCGCCCAACAAGGGUCGUCUACCACGCCGUCCACGGUGUUCUGACCUUUCACUCUGGUUUCACGAUAAAAUAUGUGCCAGACUCAGACGCCACAGUGCAGCACUACAAAGCAUGGGACAAAAAAUGGCAAUUUCCCAAAAGUUCAGAACUCGAAUAUGACAACAGCACCUUGAAGUAUUCCCAAUUACUUGGAGAAAGAGUUUCCAUGAUAGGGAAUUCAUUACAAGGAUUGUUGUAAAUAUUCUGAAUGUAUUUGCAACAUACUCUUUGGUUCUAUUCGGUAAAGUCACAUAGGUAAAAAAAUAAACAAAAAUCACGACGUUUCGGCCACAACACAAGUGGCCUU